AUGGCUGGAAAUCAGCAGCCGGCUUCAGUUGUGUUGGAUUAUGCAGCAGUCCUCGACGCCAAACCCUUGCGCACACUGACCCCCAUGUUCCCUGCACCGCUUGGGAUGCACACUUUCACCCCUAAAAGCUCAUCUUCAGUUGUCUGUGUCACCCCAUUUGGACCAUAUGCUGGAGGUACCGAACAGGGAAUGCCUGGUGGUGUUCCGCCAAUGUUAACAUCACUGUCCGCUCCUGCAGAUCCCAACCAGGUGCAGCCAUAUACGGCUCAUAUGAAUGGAACUUCUAAUGCUAAUGGUACUACAAACAACACAGUGGUUACCCCUGUGUUGCAAACUCCUCCAGCACCCACUAUACAGGAAUCUGGUAAGAAGAAGAGGGGGAGACCCAGGCGUGUGCAAGAUACCACUACUGUUCCUUCGGUUCCUCCAGUUCAACCGGUUCCAACGGUUCCUCCAGUUCAACCGGUUCCAACGGUUCCUCCAGUUCAACCGGUUCCAACGGUUCCUACAGUUCAUUUGGUUCCUUCAGUUCCUUCAGCUCCUCCAGAAGUUAAUAAUAUUGUUCUCCAGACACCUCCUUCAGCCGUCACACAGGAAUCUGGUAAGAGGAAGAGGGGACGACCAAAGCGUGUGCCAGAUGUUUCUGUCUUACCAACUCCAUUGCCUGCAGCAGAUGGUACACCUAUUUUACAGACACCUCCUGCAUCUAGUGUACAUGAAUCUGUUACAAAGAAAAGGGGGCGGCGACCCAAGCUUGUGCAGGAUAGUCCAGAUACUUCAACUCCUCCAGUUCAUUCAAAAGAGAGUAAGCCCUUUAUGCAGACUCCUUCUGCAGUCACCUUAUUGGAGGGUGGUAAGAGGAAGAGAGGGCGGCCGAAGCGUGUGCCUGAUAGUUCAGUGACUCCUUCAAGUCAUUCUGGCCUUUCAGUAGAUGUUGACAGUGGUGACACAUCAAAACGUGGCCGGCCUAAAAAAAUUGACACAAGCCUGUUGCACCUACCGUCUUUGUUUUCAGACGAUCCCAGGGAGUCCGCAGAUAAUGUGCUUAUGAUGUUUGAUGCACUGCGACGACGGCUCAUGCAGUUGGAUGAGGUGAAGCAAGUAGCAAAGCAGCAGCAAAACUUGAAGGCUGGGAGUAUCAUGAUGAACGCUGAACUUCGCCUCAAUAAGAACAAGAGGAUUGGAGAGGUUCCAGGUGUCGAGGUUGGUGACAUGUUCUACUUCAGAAUUGAGAUGUGCCUGGUAGGGUUAAAUAGUCAGAGCAUGGCAGGGAUAGAUUAUAUGUCUGCUAAGUUUGGUAACGAGGAGGACCCCGUGGCCAUUAGUAUUGUGUCAGCUGGUGUGUAUGAGGAUGCCGAAGAUGAUGAUCCAGAUGUUCUGGUUUACAGUGGACAUGGCAUGUCUGGUAAGGAUGACCAAAAGCUUGAGAGAGGUAAUCUUGCACUGGAGAGGAGUUUGCAUAGGGGUAAUCCCAUUAGAGUCGUUCGCACUGUGAAAGACUUGACUUGUUCAACUGGUAAGAUAUACAUAUAUGAUGGCCUUUACCAGAUCAGAGAAGCCUGGGUGGAGAAAGGGAAAUCUGGUUUCAAUAUGUUUAAACACAAGUUGCUCAGAGAACCUGGACAACCUGAUGGCAUUGCAGUGUGGAAGAAGACUGAAAAAUGGAGGGAAAAUCCAUCCUCUAGAGAUCGUGUUAUAUUGCACGACAUAUCAUACGGUGUGGAAAGUAAGCCUAUCUGCCUUGUAAAUGAGGUUGACGAUGAGAAAGGUCCUAGCCACUUCACCUAUACAACUAAACUUAAUUACAUGAAUUCCCCAAGCUCAAUGAGAAAGAUGCAAGGCUGCAAAUGCACAAGCGUAUGUCUACCCGGUGAUAACAACUGUUCUUGCACGCAUCGAAAUGCUGGUGACCUUCCUUACAGUGCUUCAGGCAUACUUGUUAGUCGGAUGCCUAUGUUAUACGAGUGCAAUGAUUCAUGCACUUGUUUACAUAAUUGCCGGAACCGGGUUGUACAAAAAGGUAUCCAGAUCCACUUUGAAGUGUUUAAGACGGGAGAUCGAGGUUGGGGCCUGCGUAGUUGGGAUCCAAUCCGAGCAGGCACAUUUAUCUGUGAAUAUGCAGGUGUAAUUGUUGACAAGAAUGCUCUUGAUGCAGAAGAUGAUUAUAUCUUUGAGACCCCUCCUUCGGAGCAGAACUUAAGAUGGAACUAUGCACCAGAAUUACUGGGUGAACCUAGUCUUUCUGACUUAAACGAAUCAUCUAAGCAGUUGCCAAUAAUUAUUAGUGCAAAACAUACUGGUAACAUAGCUCGCUUCAUGAACCACAGCUGCUCACCUAAUGUUUUUUGGCAACCAGUUCUAUAUGACCAUGGUGAUGAGGGAUAUCCACACAUCGCCUUCUUUGCAAUUAAGCAUAUUCCUCCAAUGACAGAGCUUACAUAUGAUUAUGGUCAGAGCCAAGGUAAUUCUGGGUGUCGGAGGACUAAAAGUUGCUUAUGUUGGUCUCGCAAGUGCAGGGGUUCCUUUGGCUAA